GAAUUGCCAUAUGUGUUCAAUAUUUGCACCUGCAGCUAAGCCUUGCAUCAGUGUAAGCAAUGGCAAAUUCCCAUCUCGAAAAUCUACAGUUACAAGAGCUGAAGUGGCCAUGUCUCCCCAGCAAAAAAGCACAGGCAUUUUCCCAGCAUUGGCAAUGCAUGGCAUUCCUUUUGCUGAUUUACAUGUACAGGAAAUUGUAGAAAGGCAGUCUAAAAACUUAGCCAGGGAAGAUACUCGAGAAAAGCCGCAGUUCCACCCUAAGUUUCUUGCAGAAGCAUACGAAAGGUGCAGGGACAUUUGUGCAGAAUAUGCCAAGACCUUCUAUCUAGGAACUUUGCUAAUGACCAAGGAGCGACAGAAAGCGAUAUGGGCAAUAUAUGUUUGGUGCAGGAGAACAGAUGAACUCGUCGAUGGCCCUAAUGCUGGUCAUAUGAGCUCUGCGGUUCUUAAUAGGUGGGAAGACAGACUGCAAGACAUUUUCAAUGGACGCCCUUAUGACAUGCUCGAUGCUGCACUAACGGAUACUGUUUUCAAGUUCCCUUUAGACAUCAAGUCAUUUAGGGACAUGAUCGAAGGAAUGAGAAUGGAUACAGGGAAAUGUCGCUAUAAAAACUUUCAAGAACUCUACCUUUACUGCUACUAUGUGGCUGGAACAGUUGGCCUAAUGAGUGUUCCAGUGAUGGGAAUUGCACCAGAAUUUCCAGUUUCUGCUCAAACUAUAUAUAAUGCAGCUCUCUACUUGGGUAUUGGAAAUCAACUGACCAACAUUCUCAGAGAUGUGGGAGAGGAUGCUUCAAGAGGGAGAGUUUAUCUUCCACAAGAUGAGCUUGCACAGUUUGGAUUAUGCGACGAGGAUGUUUUCACAGGGAAAGUCACUGAUAGGUGGAGAGAGUUCAUGAAAGAGCAGAUAACAAGGGCAAGGCUCUACUUCAACCUGGCAAAGGUGGGAGCUUCUCAGCUUGACAAGGCUAGCCGUUGGCCAGUAUGGACAUCCUUACUAUUGUAUCGUAAGAUCUUGGAUGCAAUCGAAGAUAACGAUUACGAUAACUUGACAAAACGAGCUUAUGUUGGGAGUACUAAGAAACUUCUCAUGUUGCCUCUAGCUUACACUAGAUCUCUAUCUGCACCUAGCUUGAUCCUUAACUAAUAGUUUUUUGUAAAUGCGAGUUGUAAAACAUGUGUAUCUUUACUUUGAAAGACUAGAAUCUUGUUCUGUCCGAUUAUUGAAAUUGCUUGCAACAUAUAUAUAAGGGAAGAACUUGGGA